AGGGACUGCCGGGAUCCCGAGGCGGGCUUUAUCCUGCAACUGCUGCAAUUUGCUGGGAAGAACAGGGGAGCAAAUUUGGACCCAGCUUUGAGUGGCUGACUACACUGGAGAAUUAAAUACAGCUAUCAUGUGCUUGAUGUGAAACUUGAUUUUUUCUUCUUUUUGCAACCAAGGUUUUUUUUUUUUUUUUUUUAACUUGAAAAACUCCUUUUUCACCUUUUCCUCCACACACAGAGGUAAUGCUGCAAACAGUCUGCAUGAGUCCUGAACUACUGGUCAAUCAAAACAGCAGUGAAAAUGAAACCUGUGGCUACAGCCCAGGCCAGGGAUCUCCUCUGCCUGGAGAAACUGCCAGCCCCAAAAGCUCUUUUCAACAAAGCCCAUCGUUGCCAGACUCUGGAUUAACUGAACUUAACAUUGCGAGCCCUGAGAUCUACCCUACACCUCCACGUAAACCACAAGAGAUGUCUGCUCCUGCUGAGCCUGCACUCAGCUCCAACCCCCCUCAGAAGCGUUACAUGGGCGUGAGGGUGAAGAUGCCAGUACGGGAGCUACUGAAAAAAAUCCGGCUUUCCAAAGGCCUGGAGCCAGCUCAGAGCAAGGAAGCCUCAUUAGCGAAGAUGGCAACCAAAGGAUCCUCAGGAAAAGCAGCAGAAAAGAGAAGAGUUCACCCUUAUACAGAGAAACAGCUUAGACAGAGCAAGCAGAGCAUUGGGCAGACGCUAAAAGGCUUAGAGGACCUCGAUAUCCUGGUGGAGGUGCUGCAGGAAGACUUGAACAAAAGCCAACUGCAGAAGGAGGCUCUGUGCUCGGUGCCAGAUGGCUUCGGGCAGGGCUUCUCCACGGACCCGCAAGCCUCUCGGUGGGAAAGCAGGGGAAGCAAGCAGGCGGCUGGUGGCCUGCAGGAGAGGCGCCACGGCUUCACCAAGUUGCAAUCCCAGUGCUGUUUUAAAGAGCACGGCUCAGCCAUACAGGAAGAGGUACAGAAAAACAUACAAGAGCCCAGCUCUCAAGGAACCUUCCCAAGGACAAGUGAGAAAGAGAGCAGCUGGUGGGUGCAGGACGCCCGUGCCGGUACCCAGAAGGAUUUCUGGAGACACCCUGCACAGAACACAUCUCCCUGCUUUGACCCAUCAGGACACUACCCGGAGGCAUUUCUGGAAGCUAACGCGGGCUCUCCAGAUGCUGGGGGACACGUGAGGUUGACCUCGACUUCCUUCACACAGCAGGAUCUCUCUGCCAUCUCUUUCUUCCAGUUCCAGCUACACAGGGAGGAAAGUUUGCUGCGAAACAUCCCGGCCGACAAACUGCUUGCACCUGAUGAAAAUGGCAACAGGCUGCUGCACAAGGCUGUUGCACAAGGAAGAAGAGCCCUGACUUACGCGCUUGCACGGAGAUUUGCAGCCCUAAAUAAAAUUGAUGAGAAGGACGCAGAGAAACGGACUGCGUUACAUCUUGCUGCAGAAAAGAACCAACACCUGAUGGUCAGCGACCUUAUAUCCCUGGGAGCUAAUGUCAAUGAGCAGGAUGGUCUGGGGAAAACUCCGCUCCACCUGUGUGCAGAGAAUGGCUACUUGAGAGUUUUAGAGGUUUUGAAGAACUGCAAAGACAAUGGCAUGCGGGUAGAAGUGAACCUGACCGACCACUAUGGUUUAACCCCGCUGCACUGUGCUGCUCUUGCCCAUACUGCCUUAGCUCUGGAAUCGCAGAAAACUGACAUCAAUACUGACACGGGAAGGUUUCUCAGACUACGCAAAGAUCAAAUUCUCGAGGGAAUUAACUGCUUAUUGCAAAUGGGAGGAAAACUGGAGAUGCAGGUACUAAAUUCAUGUCAGAUUACCACUCCCUAUUUGAAAAUUGAGGAGAAUACUGAGCUAAUGUGUUUGCUCCAGACCUAUAAACCCAAGAGAGAGGAUCUCCUUCAACAGAGUAACAGUUUGCUGGAGGUUCCAAGAAUGCCUUGUCCCUCAUCGCCAGACAACUUUUCUGAACUUCUUUCCAUUUCAUCUUUGGACUUCAUUGACAUCGUUCUUAAAGGGAAAUGCUGAUAAGGCUCAUUAUCUGUAUCUCACGGUCCACGUGCUGCAGCUGUUGCUGAAGAAUAGACCAAGAACAGACAGUAAAAGUCUUCAGAUGUAAUAUAGCUUGAACUAACUGUUGAAAAUAUCUCCUCAGUACCCAGAAUUAAAGAGUAAAUACUAAAUAGGGAAGAUCCUUAAGCCAUGUUUUAACAGUGUUAGGCAUUCAGUGUUAGAUGCUCCAGUCAAUCAAUAGGUCUUAAUUUUCUCAUGAAACUGAGCGCUUGCACUUCUUUUUGGAAGUCUCUUUGAGCUGUAGGUGUUCUACGUUCUGAAGCUCUGACAAGGGUAUUUACACUGCUGCCUAAUUUGAAAAAAAUAAAUUGUAGCCCUUCAAAGCCUAGUCCUGAGCGUAUCAACAUACAGUCUCUACAGUCUGAACUUACUGUUCAGAUGUGCUGAAAAGCUCAGGCAACGUCAUUUUAGACAUAAGCUAUGGGAAAUCAGAAUCUGAUGGGCUGUAUUUAAUGCUUUCAGUAGUCCGGCUCUCAAUUUGUUCAAGGCUGGAGUUGUCACAUUUCAAGGCAGUCCCAUUGGAAAAAAAAUCCCUCCCCCUCCAAAAAAAAAAAAAAAAAAAAAAAAGGAACACCCCCACACUGAUACUGAGCAUGUUUUUUCAACAAAAGUCAAGCUCUUUAUUUAUGCAAUCAGAAUUUGCCACUAGUAAUGGAACGGAGGUGAAGUCUGGGACAUAAAACAUUUUGAAUCAGUUCAUUCUUGGUGAUCUAACAGAGGAAAAUAUCUUCAUAAAAUUCAAAUGUAUAAAAACACCUCAAAGAAUCCUUUGUUGUACUGAGCAACUGUGCAAGUUGGAAGGCUAACAGUAGCCUGAAUUAUUUCCUACUGCGAGAUACCCAAGUAUUCAACAGGAUUCCCAGAAAUUAGGUAUUAACUGUUAAAGAGAAAUCUCUUCCCAGACUUCACAUAAUUUGAACUUCUGAUUGUGAAUUAGCUGGUUUCUAUGAAACUUCCCUGUUUGCUACAUAUGGAGCAAUCUACAUUGACAUAAUCUACAAAAUGAUUGAUCCAGCAAUUAGCUCACACACAUCCCUCCCAUUAAACUGGGAGGUUUUUCAUGUGUAAGCAUUGCAGGAUCCAGUAUUAAGUACUCAGCAUGCUUGGGGAAUUUAUCUUUAAUGAUCCCUUUGAGUCUCCUUGUUGUAAAAAGGUUUCUUUUCUCCUGUUGGAUAUCCUUAAGUGUUAAGCUCCAAGAGCUAUGUUGCACAGCAUCAACCAAGUUUUACUGAAAAAUGACAGUGUUUAAGUUAACUCCAGUGGGACUUGGGCCAUAUCCUGUUUCUCAUGCCCUGAGCAGCUAAACAGUGUUCUUCUGUAUUGCAUUACUCUGCAUUUAUUUUCUCUAGUGUGAAUGAGACAUGGUACAUCAAAAUUCUUAUGUAUAUUGUAAAAUUUGUGUGUUGUUAUUCACAUAAUGAGUUGUAAAACACUGGAACAUUCAUCCACCUCCUUCAAUAGGCGUUCUACAUGUUUUAAUCAUAUAAAGUCUUUCCUUUCCCCUUUUGGGUUUUAUGUUUAAGUACAAAGAUUUUCCUCUUAUUUUUUUUCUGUCCUCCCUAUUACCACUCAUUCAUGUUUGCAUUUUAGCUCACAUCUGAGCUCACAGCUCUUUUUAUUCAUCUGAAGAGAAUUAAUGAGGAUCUUCUGAGUUACUCAGCCUCCAUUCGUGAGGCUUAAGGAUCAGAUCCAACACCCAUUGAAACUAAAGACUUCCUGUGUUCACUGAAAACUAAGAAAUUCUGUAUCACAGACAAAACCAAGAAAGAAGCGGUACAGCGAACAAGUAGGGAAGUACAUCAAUAAGCAUUUUAAGAGAAAAAAUGAAUUGAUUUAUGGGAUAUCUUUAAAGAGUGUAGAAAACUACUGUGUACGAACACAGCAUUAAUCAAGUUCAUUUAUUCACAAGGACUCCAUUCAGGUGAAAGGAGGACAGGAACUUUAACCUAUUAGUCUGUAUCAUUUAUUCAACAUACCUAAAGCUGAACUAGCCUGUGAAGUAUAUUCUACGAGUUAUAUCUUAAUUGCAUUACCAUUAGUAGGUACCCUUUAUGUUGUUUCAUUGUUCCUUCGUGCCAAUAAAUACAUGAUUUCAAGCAGUAUGUAUCUUACUUGUUCUUAUGAAUUGUUAUUGUCAUGCUACACUCACAGCAGAAGUGACUAUCAUAGAAAGAGCAAAUCAGGAAGACUUAAAAUAAUAAAAAAUGACAAGCAUAAGA